AGAGAGAGAGAGAGAGAGAUUUGUUCAUCAGCGCUUUUUCCGUUUUCUGGGCACUCGCUCUGCCUCCUCUGUCGUGUCACCGGAGAGAAAAAAAAAAAAGAGGAAGGAAUAUGGUUUCAUCUGACGCUCCUCCCGUUUCAGCGCUGCUGUAGCGGAUCUCUAGUACGAGGAGGAGGCUGGGGCUCGAUCCGGUACAAACCCCCUCUAUAUACCUGAAACAACCACCUUCCCCGUUACCAACCAGCCCGCAGCAGCACUACCAGCGCACCGGGAGACAUAAAUGGUGGAAGCCGUGGUGGAGUUCGACUAUGAGGCUCAGCAGGACGAUGAGUUGAGCCUGACGGUGGGUGACAUCAUCGUGAACAUACGGCGAGAUGACGGAGGAUGGUGGGAAGGUGAGCUGGGAGGACGGAGGGGGCUGUUCCCCGAUAACUUUGUCAGGGAGAUAAAGAAAGAAGGGAAGCGAGAAGCAGGACAGGCGAGCAUGAUGAGAUCUGACCUUUCCAACGGCAGAGCCAGCCCUGUGUCCGACCCCAGCGCACGGCCGAGCAAGAGAGUAGAGCAGAUCCGUAAUCGGAGGUGUAAAGCGGCGUUCAGCUACGUGCCUCAACAUGAAGAUGAGCUAGAAUUGAAAAUAGGAGACAUCAUUGAGAUUAUAUCAGAGGUAGAGGAGGGCUGGUGGGAGGGACUUCUAAAUGGGAAGACCGGCAUGUUUCCCUCCAAUUUCACCAAAGAGAUCCAAUUGGAGUCGGACACGCCCUCUGUAGACACGCCCACCUCGCAGGAGGAGCUCCGCAGCAGCCGCACCAGUAAGGACAGCCCAGGCAGUGAGAGUGAUGGAGGGGACAGUCGGUCAGAAAUGGGGUCAGGAGAAAUCCAGCCUAAGAAGAUCAGAGGGUUCGGCUUUGGUGACAUCUUCAAAGACCAGCCUAUCAAGCUCAGACCUCGCUCCAUGGAAGCGGACUCAGAGGGGGACAAGACCAACGAGGGGAAAACAGCGAGUGUCACCGCUGACACCAUGAAGACCGAACCUGACAGCAAAGCCAAAGGGCGGGAGCUGUGUAAAGUCCUCUUUCCGUAUGAAGCACAAAAUGAAGAUGAGCUGUCAAUCAAAGAAGGGGAAAUCAUCAACAUCAUCACCAAGGACUGUGCUGACGCAGGCUGGUGGAUGGGGGAGAUCGGAGGAAGGCAAGGUGUCUUCCCAGAUAACUUUGUCAAGCUGCUAGAAGCCGAAAAAGAGAGACCAAAGAAACCGCCUCCUCCCAGCGCACCGUCAGCCAAACACACAACAGAGAAAAGGCCGGACGUCAAGAAGGUUCCUCCUGAGCGGCCCGAGCACCUGCCACAGAGAGACCAGGAUCGAGGUGAAGAGGUGAAGGUUGGAGACAUCCCCAAGCCCUCCCUCCCGUCUAUCCUUCCCAAGAAACCCCUCCCCCCAAAGACAAGCUCCUCCUCCUCCUCUUCCUCCCAACCCCCGCGGCGCCCCGAGAGACCACCCACUCUAGCGUGUGAAAGCCCAAAGUCUGAGGGCGGGGCUUCGACACCCGAUUCUGCCCCUGACAGGUCACAUGACGCUGAUAUGGACUUGGACGCCGUGGUGUCGUCAACGGAGAAGCUGAGUCAUCCGACGGCGUCACGGCCGAGAGUGACAGACCGCCGGCCUCGCUCACAGAUCAUCACACCUUCUUCUCUGGCCAGCAUCGACCUCGACGUCCCCGCCCCGGAGGAGAGGAAGGAGAGGGACCGACGGAAGGACGAGCACGAGUCUGUCCAUACCAGAUCUGUAGACGUUUCCCUGAGGAAAGGCGUUCCCAUCUACUCUGUACCUGAGACUAAAGCACCUCUGCCCACCAAACCCUCUGUCCUGAGCCCGCCAAACAGCUCCGGCCAUCGCCCCGCCUCCCCGUCUUCCUCCUCGGGUCUAAGCCCCUCCCCCGAGCUCCGGCAUUCGCCCGUGACCCCGCCAACGCUGGAGGAACUCAGGAAUCAGCUGCGAGACCUGAGGGCCUCCGUAGAGCUGCUGAAGAACCAGCACAGGCAGGAGAUGAAGCAGCUGGCCAGUGCGCUGGACGAGGAGAAGAAGAUUCGUCUUAGUUUACAGAUGGAAGUAGAGCACAUAAAGAAGAACCUGGGGAAAUGAAAGCUAAAGCAUCCUUAUCGUCGCACUCUGAUUACCACAUCUGAGGCCAGCACUCGAAAACAUUCUCACUGCUGGCCGGGUCACUUCAGCCAAAACAAAAGUUUGUGCCAAACGAUCAUCAGGAACAGCAUCAGCAACAACACAGCACCAUGGAAUCAGCCACCUUCCUUCCCCCAUGACGCCGCCUUAUCCUGUGUUUACUUCAGUAUUUUAUUUUUCUUUCAAAGAGGCUUCUCUGUUACGUUUACUGCUAUCUUGUCGGAGCUUGCUGUGCCACUGGUACUGGCUGACCUCGGGCCUGUCGCUGUGCGUUGCCAUGGUUACAGAGCGCUGACACGGAGCUGCGGCUGUCGUGGUGACCUCACUGGUACUUUAGUUCUCUGAGCGUGAAGGAAACUUGGGACUCGGCCUCCGUAGCCCGGUUGGUUCAGACGACCUCUGUGCUGUUCUGUGUCCACUCUGCGGCCUUCGCCUCUUAUCUGUGUGUGCGUGCGCACGCAUGUGUGUGUGUGUGUGUGCAUGUGUGUGAAUUUCCAUCCAUGUGAUAACCAAUUUUUGUUGUUUUUUUUUGCAACGUGAGACUGUUUUGGCUGGUCCUGACUUCUUCCACGGUCUAGUUUAGGUUUAGGAUUUGGGUUUAGAUGUAAGAUUAUGAUCAAAUCCAGAUGUUUGAGGCACAUCAUUAGCAUUACGGUAACUGUUUGACACACUGUGCUCGAUGUUUCUAUGGUGUACUGCAGGCGGGUGAUUUUGAAGCAUCAGCCACUGACAUUCAGGCAUAUUUCCCCAAUCUUAGACAAUAUCUCACUCUCUUCUUCAUGUCAUAAAUUUCUAAUCUGCAGUCAAAUAUUCUACCUGCUGAGAAAUGAACAUUUUAACCCAUAAGCACAUCAGGAUUCUUUAGCUCUUUUAGCUUAAAUAAAUCUAACCAACAUGUAAAGUUGUGAUACUGUAGGUGCUAUUUAACUGAAUAGUCCGACAUUUUGGAAAAUACACUCACUGAGAGUCAGAUGAGAUUAUUAAUAGUGUCUUCUCAUCUGACUCUAAGAAAAAA